GCAUUUCGCUCGUCGUCUUGUGUUUUCGCCAAGAAGCGUGCAGCAACCACCACCACUACUCAACCAACCAACCAACCAACCAAUCGAGCGAGCGAGCCAGCGAACCCUUGACAGCCAGCACCGAUGUGAACCAUUGUUGUUUUUGUUGUUGUGUUGUGUUGUUGUGGCUAUUUCGAUAAUCCUCUGUUUCCGCUCGGUGAAGGAUGUGAGGUGCGGUUCGGUGUGUCCUUUUCGGUUCGCGCGUUGAGUGCCAGCCUAACCUUGGUCUUGGUCACACCAGAACAAAGCAUCCGAAAGUGUGCUGCAGUGUGGGGCGCCCCCGCCCCCGUUGACAGGUUGGCUGACGGUAGAGAAAGGUGGUUGGAAAAGGGGUAGUGUGUGCACCAGCAGCACCAGUGUGUAGGUGCUGGCGCGAUAGCAGAUAGGUGAAGAGAAAGGGGAACCCAACAGAACAUAACACAACGUAACGCGCCCCAAAAACGGGGGGGUUUUGGAUACUCGGUACAAGUUGUCGUGGCUAAUCCGUUUCGACAAACCCCGCUCGGAACCUGAUCUGGUUGCCAUCGAUCAUCGACGUCCCGAGCUGGUGGUGGACCCUGAAGACGCAGCAGACUGACCGUCUUCUUGCUGUUGUUACUGGCAAGAGCGAGAGAUAACGUGCGCGUCCCACAUACAUACACACCCAAACACGCACGCACGCACGCACAUACAGAGACAGUGUUGCAUCCGCGAACCGAUCAAAGCCUUCGACUAGGCUACUAGAACCAUUCCUCGAAGCCAGCUGCACGCGUCCUGCUAUCAAAUUCGGACAUAGACGAUUCGGAUCACGUCGUGUUCCGCCGUUCAACCACCUUGCCUGGCCAGCGUGACUAGCGCGAUACGAAAAUCAUCUGCAAUCACGGGGGGGCCGGUGGAGGGGAUAGUACGAAAGGAGGCUAGUGUUGUUAGCGGUUGGACUGUAUGGGCAAUUGGUUCGGUGGCGGCACUGGUGGUAGGGUAACUAGCGGGUGUGUCGACGACUCGGUCGGUCUCGGUCAAUCGAUACCACAGCCAGCAGCACCGGUAGUAGGGCCAGUGCAUCCGCAGCAGCAGCAGCCGCAACCGCGAGCCACCACCACCCGCAUCGACCGAGACGCUAGCGAGGCCGCCGACGACGAGGACAACGUCGUAGGUAUACCGCUCCACGGUGUCAGUUCAGCCCCCCUGGACGAGCUAACCAGUGGUGGCCAGGAUAGCCAGGAUAAGCUAGCUAGACGCGGCGACGGCGUCGACAGCGGCAUCAGUUUGGCACGGUCACCGGAGCUAGUGGUGGUGGCAUCGCGUAGAGCAGUCUCGUUCCAGCUCCCGAACGACCAGCGAGACGAGCCAGUGGGGCCAGUACGACUGUAUCGUCAGGCGAUCCGGCGACUCGCAGAUAGUGAUUGGCUGCAGGGUAGACUGCCAUCGGUGGCGCACUUGCUGCGUGAAACCGCCAAUCCGUCUCGACGCCGAGCGCGUCGCCAUCCUUCUAGGACUCGUCCGAUAUCGCGCAUCUCUCGACGAAGGUGGCACCAGUCGACGGUCGGUAGCGACGGGGGUCAGCUGCUGAAAACCUGCUGGCCGGUGCGGCAAACCGAGGGACUAUUUCUGCCACUGUUUCCGGUGGACGAGCGGCGCCAGCAUCGGUACGACCGUGAGGCCCACCUGGGUGACGGUGCGUUUGGCCAGGUCUAUCGGGUGCGCGAUACGACCGAGCACACCGAUACGCAGUACGCACUCAAGCUCCUGCGGAAGUCAAAUAUUUUGGAUGGCGACGGUGUUCGGCAGCUGCAGGACGAAGUAAGCAUACAAAGGCUGUGCGGUCACCAUCCUUUCAUUGUCGGCUGUCUCGACUUUUGGCAAAACCGUACGCACAUCUUCCUUCUGUCCAGUUAUUACGGAAACGGUGAGCUGUUCCAGCGUUUAAAGUUGUUCACCGCGGAGCUGACCCGGUUGUACGUAGCGGAGCUAGCUAUAGCACUCGACUUUCUGCACAACGCAGGCAUCAUUUAUCGUGAUCUGAAAUCGGAGAACCUACUGCUUGACGAUCGUUUUCAUCUGAAGCUGAUUGACUUCGGGUUGAGCCGUUGGCUAAGCGUCGGCAGCUAUACACGAACGUUUUGCGGCACUGUACAGUACAUGGCGCCGGAGCUGCUAAGAGGCGACCCGUACGGGCAUGCGGUCGACUGGUGGGCACUCGGUGUGCUAGCCUGCCGCAUGUACACCGGCCAGUAUCCCAAUGUAGAUGCGAUGCAGUACCUGAGCCAGCGGCAAGAUGGGAUCGCUGUCCAGAUCUGCAAGCUACCGAGAGUCGCCACUCCCAGUGCACCCCUCAUUCCAGAGCCGAGUGAUCCCGACCAGAUGCCAGUGGCGGGUCGCGAUCUGCUACAGCGGCUCCUGCAACCGGUGGCCAAGGAUCGGUUGCGGUCGCUGCUGCAGCUGCAACGCAUCGCCCUCUACCAGCACUACCGAUGGGAUGCGGUACGUGCGACUGAGAUCGAUCCGCGUGAGUUCAUCACCGACGAGUGCCUUGGUUGCGCACUGGACGAGGAGCGGCUGGCGGUUCCGGUGGAAGGAGCUGAACCGAACGACGAGUCCUUUGCCGGUUUCUGACACGAUCGGUACGCCAGAUCGUCCGCUAGUUUAGGUGAUAGUUUAGAUGUGCGCGGCAAAGCGCUAAAUAGCAAAGAACGAAUGAAAAACCCUU